GAGAGAGAGAGAGAGAGAGACUGACUGCUGGUCCGUCUGUCCAGCUGCCCCUGCAUCUGCAGAAGCGCGCGCGCAUACACACAUUCAGCACACACGCGCACGUUUCUAUCUCUCUCUGACAGACACACGCACGCACGCACGCGGCGUUCGGAACGAGUCCCAUGCACGCGUUGCUGCCUGCAGCCGGAGUCUCCAGUGUGCUUGGUGUAUGUGCGCGUCUCUGCGUGCGUCCGGUGGCCGUUCGCCUGCCUCUCCCCCUCCGCUGCGCCUCUCCUCCCCACCCGGCAUAGGAAUAAACCCCAGCCUGGGAGCUCUGAUCCGCACCGAGGCGAAGUUGAGUCCCCACGAUGCGCGCGGGCCAACAGAGAUUGCAGCGGAGAAGCAGCAGUGUGGGCGCACACACGCACCGAGGAUUGGAUUACAAAUAACUGUGAUUUUACUCGCCGCUGCACGCUUUUGAAGUGAUAAACCAGUGGAUUUCAUUCAUCAUUAAUUUGUUCUUGGACACGCUGGGAAUUAUUCUCUUCCAGAGAUUCUGUGAUUCCUCUUUUUUUCCCUCCUCCUCCGGUCGUGCGGUGUUUGAGAGUGAAAACCACCAGAGGCUGCGUGCUUCUUCUCUGGAGAGAGUGGACUGUUGCAAUGUCAUCCCACACCACUGUUUUGGAGCUCUGUGGAAGGGAGAUGCUCAGGGGAUGAAGGGGUUCAGCAAUAUGUCCCUCAGCAGCAAAAGGAGUAAGAGGAGGAUUAGAAGGAGGAGCAGUCUCGGCAGCGGACGGGAGGGUGUGCUGCUCCCCUUGGCCCUCCUGGUGGCAGUGACCAUGUUGAGUGACCCUGCUCUAGCGCAAAAGCAGCGAACCAGCGGCGGUUCCGAAAAGGUCCCCGUCCUGAAUAUUGCAGUGAUCCUCGGACGCACUCGCUACAUCUCCGACCGGGACAUCCGUGCUCUGUGGAGCAAAGAAGACCCUAUCGACGUCAAUGUGGUCACACUGUUGGUCAAUGAAACUGACCCAAAGAGCAUCAUCAACCACAUGUGUGACCUGAUGUCAGGGACCAAGAUCCACGGCGUGGUGUUCGGAGACGGCACUGACCAGGAGGCCAUUGCUCAGAUUUUGGAUUUUAUUUCCUCACAGACGCUUAUACCCAUUUUGGGCAUUCAUGGAGGGUCGUCCAUGAUCAUGGCUGACAAGGAUGUAAAAUCAACAUUCUUCCAGUUUGGUGCCUCAAUCCAGCAGGAGGCCCUGUUGAUGCUGAACAUCAUGGAAGAGUACGACUGGCACGUCUUCUCCAUCGUCACAUCAAAGUUCCCUGGCUACCAGGAGUUCGUCAACAUCCUUAAAACUACUGUUGACAACAGUUUUGUGGGCUGGGACCUGCAGAACAUCAUCACACUGGAUGCAGUGGAGGAAGACAGCCGGUCUCAGAUCAUGCUCAAGAAGGUCCAGUCUCCGGUGGUCCUGCUCUACUGCUCUAAAGACGAAGCGGUCUACAUCCUGGAGGAGGCCCGCUCUCUUGGCCUGACUGGAUUUGGUUACAUCUGGAUUGUGCCGUCUCUCACCACUGGGAAUACUGAAAUAACACCAGAGGCGUUUCCAUCGGGGAUGAUUUCAGUGUCGUACGAUGACUGGGACUACCCGUUGGAGGCUCGAGUUCGUGACGGACUUGGAAUCAUAACUUCAGCAGCGGCAGCCAUGUUGGAGGAGUAUGGUGACAUUCCAGAAGCCAAGACGUCCUGCUAUGGCCAGAUGGAAAAGACAUCCAAGCUGCCUCCAAGUGCUCUGCACAAGUACAUGAUGAAUGUGACGUGGGAUGGCAGGGACUUGUCGUUCACAGAGGACGGGUACCAGGAAAAUCCAAAGCUGGUUGUCAUUGUUCUCAACAAAGAAAGAGAGUGGGAAAAGAUGGGGAGACUGGACAAUGGCAGCCUCACAGUGAAGUAUCCAGUGUGGCCCCGUUUCAACUCCUUCGGCGAUGCUGAACUGGAUGACAACCACCUGUCCAUCGUCACCUUAGAGGAGAAACCUUUUGUCAUUGUGGAGGACGUAGAAAGACUCACUGGUACCUGCAUGAGGAACUCUGUGCCUUGCAGGAAGCAUAUCAAAGACAACACCACAGAGGCUGGGGGGACUUACAUAAAGAAGUGCUGCAAAGGUUUCUGCAUUGAUAUCCUGAAAAAAAUUGCCAAGUAUGUGAAGUUCACCUAUGACCUCUACCUGGUGACUAACGGCAAGCACGGCAAGAAGAUAAACAAUGUCUGGAACGGGAUGGUGGGAGAGGUGGUUUAUAAGAAAGCCGUCAUGGCCGUCGGAUCCCUGACGAUCAACGAGGAACGCUCCGAGGUGAUCGAUUUCUCUGUCCCGUUCGUGGAGACCGGGAUCAGUGUCAUGGUCUCACGUAGCAACGGAACUGUCUCGCCAUCGGCUUUCCUUGAGCCAUUCAGCGCAUCUGUCUGGGUGAUGAUGUUUGUGAUGCUGCUGCUGGUGACCGCAAUGGCUGUCUUCAUGUUUGAGUACAUCAGUCCGCUUGGAUUCAACCGAAAUCUGGCACAGGGAAAAGAUCCCCACGGACCUUCAUUUACCAUGGGCAAGGCUGUGUGGCUGCUCUGGGGUUUGGUCUUUAACAACUCUGUGCCCGUGCAAAACCCAAAAGGAACAACCAGUAAGUUCAUCGUAUCGGUGUGGGCCUUCUUCGCUGUCAUCUUCCUGGCCUCCUACACUGCUAACCUGGCCGCCUUCAUGAUUCAGGAGGAGUUUGUGGAUCAAGUCACUGGUCUUUCAGACAACAAGUUUCAGAACCCGUAUGCAUAUUCACCUCCAUUCCGUUUUGGGACCGUCCCGAAUGGAUCCACUGAGAGAAACAUCCGAAAGAACUACCCCGCCAUGCACCAGUACAUGGUGAAAUAUCACCAAACUGGAGUCGUGGAUGCACUCGUCAGCCUCAAAUCAGGUAAACUGGAUGCCUUCAUCUAUGAUGCAGCAGUGUUGAACUACAUGGCUGGCAGAGAUGAGGGAUGCAAGCUGGUGACCAUUGGCAGCGGGUACAUCUUUGCUACUACUGGUUACGGCAUUGCUUUGCAGAAGGGUUCCUACUGGAAGCGACAGGUGGAUCUUGCCAUCCUAGCAAUCAUUGGAGAUGGUGAAAUGGAGGAACUAGAAGCCCAGUGGCUGACAGGGAUCUGCCACAACGAGAAGAACGAAGUCAUGUCAAGUCAGCUGGACGUGGACAACAUGGCGGGGGUGUUUUACAUGCUGGCCACGGCCAUGGGGCUCUCCCUCAUCACCUUCAUCUCGGAGCAUCUCUUCUACUGGAGGCUCAGAUACUGCUUUACCGGAGUGUGCUCUGGCAAGCCUGGUCUUCUCUUCAGCAUUAGCAGGGGUAUCUGGAGCUGCAUCCAUGGAGUCCACAUUGACAUGAAGAAAAAGACAGAUCUUGACUUCAGCCCUCAAGACAAAAUGCUUAAACUCAUCAAGUCUGCCAAGCAGAUGACCAACAUGUCAAACCUGGGUGGCUCCCACAUGAAUUCACCCAAACGAGAGUUCAUGCACUCAGCUGGUCCUAUGAUCAUGGAUAUGAUGGCGGAGAAGGGCAACUUCAUCUAUGCUGACAAUAGAAGCUAUGCUCCUAAGGAUAUGAUAUACGGGGACACUGGUGACCUUCAGUCUUACCUUGCUAACCGCCACAAAGACCACCUUAACAACUAUAUCUUUCAGGGUGGCCAGCAUCCUCUGACCUUAAAUGAUGCCAACCCCAAUACGGUGGAGGUAUCUGUGAGUCCUGACACAGUCCAGACCAACGCUAAGCCACUUCGGACACUGUGGAAGAAAACAGGGGACACACUCCGUUCUGUGCCACCAAGCUCUGCCCCAAUGCCGGACAUGCUGAUGCCCGACCCACGAAUAUCAAUGAAAACUCAGCGUUACCUCCCUGAGGAUGCGGCCCACUCUGACAUUUCCGACUGUUCAAGCAGGGCAGCCUCAUACAAGGACCCAGAAAACAACAAGCACCUGAAGCCCAAGGACAACUUAAAAAAAAGAUCUGUGACGUCAAAAUACCCAAGGGAUUGCAGUGAGGUAGAGCUGUCCUACUUGAAAACUAAGCAGGUCAGUGGUGGAACCAACCAAAGUGGGAGAGGAGGAGUAGGGGAGAAAAUCUACACUAUUGACUCAGAUCGAGAGCUAAGCCUUCAUUCAGACCCCAUGCACUUCAGAGAGAGUCACGGCCUUGGUGCAGACGAUGUGGAUUAUCCUGAAAUUUACUCUGACCACAGCGACAACUACAGAAAGUGUGAGCAGCCCAUCAUUCAUCUGAACUCCUCACCUUUGCAUCAUACAGACUCAGAUCUUCUUUCAGACUCAGCUUACUCUAAACAUUACAACUUGAAAGAGAAAAAUAUUUCCCUGUCCCCUCAUGAAACUAUUGACCGCUACAAACAGACACACUGCCGUUCCUGCUUGUCUAAAGUGACUUCUAGUUACCCACCAGGAGCACCGUAUGGCCCCACUGGACCUGCCUCAGCACCUGGCACUCGUUCUCCAUAUAACCGGUGUGAGGCAUGCCUCCACACAGCCAACCUGUAUGAUAUUAGUGAGGACCAGCUUCUUGCUGACCCCUUGGUUAGUCCCACCAUGCAUCACCAAGAGCAACAGCCAGAUGAGAUGUUUGGGCUGUACUGGCCACAAACAGAUGGGCCGCAUGUUCAAAAGCGAAACCGCUUGAGGCUGAGUCGUCAGCACUCCUUUGACAACAUCAUGCUUGAAAAGCCCAAGGAUCUAGACCUGGGUCGACCAGCACGAAGUGUCAGUCUCAAAGAGAAGGAUCGCUUUUUGGACUCGACAUCUGACUCGCAAUAUGCAAAUCUCUUUGGCAUGCGCCCCUACUCUGGCAGACUCUUUGGCACCGGGUCUAAAUCAAUGAUGUUUAACCAUAAUCUAGAGGAAAGCAAAAGGAGCAAGUCCCUGUACCCAGCCCAUGGCUCAGAAAACCCUUUUCUUAGCCACUCGCUGAGGGAAGACGCCAGCAGCAGACUGGUCCAUGGGCGUAGCUCCUCAGACAUUUACAAACAGCUCGCAAUAGGCUCUCCUGCAGUGGCCCUAGGAGCAGCACCCAUUAAAACACGCAAUGAUGCGAACAAUCUCCGCUCCUCCAAUAAGUCCACCUCUUCAUACUGCUCAAGAGAUGGGCGGAUAGCUAAUGACAUGUACAAUAAAGAGCAUGUGAUGCCUUACUCAGCCAAUAAGACUAGUGCAUACCCAGCCUCAAGGGGCGUCCUAAACUCAGCCCAGUUUAGCAAUAGACGGGUGUAUAAGAAAAUUCCCAGUUUGGAGUCCGAUGUUUAGCUCAUGUAAGACAUGUGUUCUCCCCUUCUUACUCUUCUCUGGGUUUGUAUUAUAUUUUAUCAACUAUGUUAUCCACUAUGGGAUGUCAUAGCCAAACAACAUGUUUCUCCUCUUCAGCCUUGUCAAUGAAAAGAACUUGUGCCCUCUUGGGUCUAACGUCAUUACUACCACUCUCUUUACAGAUAUUUCUGUCCAUUCUCUCCCAUGUACCAAUGAGCUGGCUACCUGGCCAGCACUCUGCCAUCAGGUAUCUAAGUGUAAAAAGAAACAGGAUCAUUCAAUUUGCAGGUUUCCUAAAAGGGAUAGAAAUAGAGGAGUAAUCCGUUUCUUGGAUUGUAAAAUUGGUAUCGGACGGACAUGUGCAGGGAGCCAGUUGAAGGUGGCGGUAAUUGCAUGGCAGGGGAAUUAGAAGAAGCAAAAAAAAGGUGCUAGCUCCUCCAACCACCCACCCUCUGUUUCCCCCUUUGCCUUCCCACCUAUCCUGUCAAGCUUUGGGAGAAGAGGUGUGACAGGGAGGCCAGAUGGGUGAGCCUGCAUUAAGGCAUCCCAGGAGGACAGCAAUGUCACAGAGAGCUAGUCCGAUUGUUGUUACUCGAAUGUGGCUACUACGGCACCUGGCAGUUAAGUAGAAGAGAAAGGAAGGGAGAGGUGGGUGAGUGACGGAUUGGAUCAACCAGUCCGUGUUGACAGGUAAUGAUUGCAAGUUGAAUCAGAAUGUGGUGUUGUGUUUUAAUCCCGAGCUUACACCAUGGCAAUUAGAAGAUGGGGAUAAUGUAUCAGUGACUAAUGUUUACAGACUGACGAGAGACUGACUUGUACAAUGGGGAAAAAAGCAGGGAAACCUGAGACAGCUGGUGGGCAUUUCAUUUGAGGCACUGCACAUAGAAAAAUGAUUGCAAAGUCUUGCUUUUUUAUAUUCUAUUGAACUAUAAGAUUAUUAGGGAUUCUGGCAUUCGGAUCCUUCUAUGUAAGAUUUUAGUGUUUGCUUAUUUUGUAGCACAGUAGCCAUUAGUUUAAAAAACCCUUUCUCCCACAUUUGCUUUUGAAAAAAGCAAAGCUUACUGAAAAUAUACCAUUGAGAGCAGUUGAUCAUUUUGCAUGUUCUUGAUUUGUUUUUUUAGUUUCUUGUUUGUUUUUUUUCAGUGACAGAGUAGAAAAUUUACACGCAAAUACACCAUCAGACACACAUGUUCAAGAAAAGGACCAUGUCUUGCCAGAUGUGGGUGGAUAUUUAUACAAUCAAAACUUUGAUCCUUGAACUGGUAUGGCUGGUAGAAAGGAAACUAUGAAGUUAACAAGGGAGAAGGGUGAAAUGAGCAUUUUGUUCACCAGCACCUUGUCCACAGUGGACACAGGUGUGAUUUUUGACUUCCAUGUCACUAAGAAACAGGGUAAUUAUCUAUAUAUAUAGAAAAAAAACAUACAUGCACAGACGAUUCCUGCCUUUUUUCUUUUCCUCCAUCAACAUGACACAUCGUCAGUGUAUUUUGUACCAGAUUUAAUUUUUCUCCUUGGUUUAAGGUUAAGUAAAACUUUGGUUAGUUGGUCCAGGAACAGGAAUAUUUUGACUUGUGGUCAACUGGGAGCACUUUUUGGGUUUGGGUUAGGGUUUCUCUUUCAUUUUGGUGGGAUGUGGGGUUAAGGUGAAACCAAGGGGUCUCCGUUUUGGACUCAUCAACCACGUAUCCAUGUAUAAGGACUGAGUGGUGUUUGUUAUGCAUGAAAGAAUUUGGGUAAGCUUGAAAAUUUAACCAGAACUUUAAGUUCUUUAACUGCUUGUGUUUUAUCUGUUUAGUACAUAAUUCUUUCACGUGUGCCCAAAAGAUAUAUUAUUUCUUUUUUUUUUUGUAGCAUGAAAUGUUAAAAUGGCACAGUCCUAACAAGAUCUAAUGAAUCCAUUGUUUUUUAUGUUGAUUUGCUUGAUUGAUUGGUCUUACAAAGCCAAAUUCUAUGUAAUACAAUACCUCAGGAUGAUUCUGUGUAUUUUAGAGGAGCAGUAACGCCGGAACAUGAUGUGCUGCCGAUUUUCUAAAUAAAAACAUUAAAAAAAGAAAAGUAAAAAAAAAAGAUAGGGAAAAAAGAUCACAUACAAUUUAUAGCGGCCACAGACAGAAUGAAGCUGUUCUCCUUCUGAUGUUUACUGUACCAGUCCAAGGUCUUCCAGUUCCACUCUGUGCCCGAGCUCAUGCAAACCUAGAUUCGACGGGAGAAGAAGGUGAUGAGGAGGACGGUGGUAGGGGUGUUGCAUGCAGCUCUAAAUCUUACCAAACUGAACACCCUGAACAGAACACACGGUGUUACAUAAACAUCCAAAAUCUGAAUCGCUACCCUCUUACAGAUUACAUAAAGGGAAUGUCUGCCCUUUCCAUUGUUUUUAAUGGCUGAUUGCAUUAACCACCAUGUUUCAAACUUGAGCUUGAUCUUUAGAAAUUUUAAGUAACCACUGUCAUAUCACUGUUUUGUACUUCUUGGGAUACUGCAGUAAAAACCUGUCCUUGCUUUCCAAUCAGCUUACCCAAUGUUGACUGAUGAAAAUUGUUUUUGCAUUUUAUCUGCAUUAUUAAUGUUAUUAUUACUGUAAUUAUUAUUGUCAUCAUAUUUAUUGCCACAUGCUGCCUGCAUACGCUGAAGAGUGAAAAAUAUGCACAUGGAAAAUAUCAAACGGCAUCCAUUUUUGUUUUAUGGACUCAUGAAAAAAUUUGUUUGGUUUGUUCUACUUUUACUGAACUGAUGCUGUUUUACAUUCAAAAACAAGCAAGCAAACACACACACACACACACACACACAACCCAAAACAUACCCUUGUGAUGACAACCCUUCCCUUUUUUAAUGGCAAAAAUGUAUUUUAAUUACAUUACAUAAAUAAUGAGGUGAUGGCAUGCAACCCCAAAUGUAACAAGUUUAUGUUUUUAUGUUUCUAUUUCUUUUUUUGUUUGUUUUUACUUUGGUUAUAAUGUUAUAAUCACUGAUAUGUUGUGACCAGGUGUGAGUGUAUGCAUACCAGUAUUUGAGAGGAAAAAGUUGUUAUAUAUAUAUAUAUAUAUAUAUAUAUAUGCAUAUGCAUAUGUGUUUAACACAAAUGAAGAUGCUGCUGUUAUAAGGGAGAAGCCGGGGCCUGACCCCUGUCGGACACCUUUAUUGGACGGCUGGUUAUCAGAUCAUGUUUUACCCAAAUAAGGUGUGUCAGGUCAGGGGUCAGACUUGGCUCAAAUGGGUGGGACAUCCGUGCUCUUCCUCCAAUGGCUGGUGAGAAAUACUGUAUCACCAGCUCUGCUUCCCUGUCCGUCAUGUGUAGUCUGGACUUCAGCUCUAAAGAAGAAGACAAAGACGCAAACCCUCUAUUUUGAGUCUGCUAUCCCUCCAAAGAUACAAGACCUCUUUCAUUAUUGUUUGCUGUAAGAAUAGAGCUUUUUUUUUAAAAGAAAAAACGAAUACUUCCUCAAAAAGACUUUUAAGGAACUAUUUUGAAUAUAUUUAGAAAUGACACAUGUAAAAAUCGCUUGUAAAUUCAUACAGGAAUACAUCAUCAUGGAGAGUUAUAAAGAGUAAAAAAACAAUAUUUUUUGUGUGAAUUUCACAAGAGCUCUUCUGUACAGUGGCACUGUUUAUCUCUAUCUUUCUAUUUCUUUCUCUCUCUGUAGAGCGACUAGAAUAAAAUUUCACCAUUCACAAGA